CAUUAUGAUAAGCCCAAGAGCAACUACAUUAUGUUCUGCGUAUAUCAGACAAAAUACCCUUCCUUGCCCGCCGUAUCUCUCUCUCUCUCUCUCUCUCUAUCUCUCAAUUCUGAAUUGGUUAUCAUCUCCAAUGGCAUAACCAAUUAACCAUACACUGUACCACUCUACCUCUUCAAAACUCACCUCUUUAUAAUCUUAAAUUCUCCAUCGAUCUCAUUCACACUAUCAUCCCCUUUCACUUCCCUCUUCCCUCUUCCCUCUCUUUCUCUCUCUCUCUCUCUCUCUCUCUUCCAUGGCAGAACAUCAACUUCUUCCGCCAGACGACCCAGAAGAAGCGGAGGAGGCGCUCUCUCUCUGCGACCUCCCACUCCACGACGAACCUGAACCAGAGACUUCGGGCGACUUCCCCACCCACCACCACCAAUCGUCGUCGGACGUGCCAGAGUUCUUCGAGUUCUUCAGCGACUUCAGCUCUGACAUGUGCUCUGCGGACGAGGUCAUCGUCUGCGGCAGGCUAGCGCCUUUCUCCUCCAAGCAAUCUCUGACGAAGAUGACUUCCCAGGGAACAGCGAACGGAGAAGAAAGUGAGCUAAAACUUGCGUUCUGGCGGCGAUCGGAGUCGCUGUCCAAGUUGCAGAGCUCCGUGGCCCGAUCGAACAGUGCCAAGUUGAACCUCACCAGGAAUUGCAAGUCUCUUGAUUACAGCAAGCCGAAGCCAAAUCAGUCGCCUCUGGUGCUUCAUUCGCAUGAGGCGACGAGGAAUUCGCUGGCGAGAAGCGUAGCGAGAUCAGAUUCGCUGGCAAAGAGGACUACUGCGUCGAGGCCGCGGUGGUACGUGCUCACUUUCGGGCAGGUGAAGUUGCCGGCAGAGAUGGAGCUCCGGGACAUGAAGAGCCGGCAGUUCCGGCAGAGCCCAUCGGCAAUGCUGUUCCCAGCACCGGGGGACUCCGGGGAGGGGAAGACUCAGGCAAGCACUGGCAGCGGCGGGAAGGUGACGUGGAAGGUGCUGAGAGCGCUGAGUUGCAAGGGUCAUGCAAGCGUCGCCGUGACCGCGUCUUUGGGACAGACACAGCGUUGGCAAAAAUACGUAGCGCAAAAUUGAAGUAAUAUUGGCUAAACUUCUGAGUGCUCGUAUUUAUUGCCGGCUAAUUAUCCUUUCUCACAUCCUAUAGUAUAAACAUAGUACCCAUAAUCCAUAUUUUCAGAAUAUUAGCUUGUUGACGUGCUACACAUCUCCCCUACCCGCAUAGGAUUGAACAAUUUCUCAUUGUACUGAAUUUUCAAGCAGUUUCGUAACUGUGGAGAGCGAAACUAAUUUCUGUAAGACAAAAGAACGUAUGAUAUGAUAUGUGCAGUACAUUCAAAGAAGAUAUGCUUUCGAGUCUCGAAUCGAAAUGUUGAUGCUUCCACCAUUAAAAGUGACAGAUACAACGUGACUGUCUUAGUUUUCUGGUUUUGUGGCGAUCCUGCUUGGCUUCUCUCUUCCGAUUCAUACGACAGCAGCGAAAAAGGCGAAACGAGCAGUCGCCGGCCAGCUAGGGAAAAGCGAGUCUUGUUUUUUCUUGGAGGAGAGAAUGGCGAUGGAGGGAGAGCGCAGACUUGACGUAGAAGGGAAGGCAAGAGGACAGCGAAGGUUGAAGAACAAGGUCGAUGAUGUUCUUGGGGGAGCCAAUUAAGGUUUGGCUGAAGAAACUGUAGGAAGGAGAUAGCAGCAACAUCAUGAGGAUCCCCGAAGGUGACAUGGGAUAUAUUUUCAUUUUUAUUCAUGUGUCGGCGUCAUCGGUAGUCAUAUUAGUUGGUACUUCUUUUUGGGUUCCUUGUAAUUUUUGGGUGGAUGAUGAUGCAACACUAGGGUUUCGAUAAUAUCCGUCAAUAUAUAAAUUAUAGUAUAGUCGUCACUUAUUUGUCA